AACAAUAUGACCAUGAAAAGAAAAUGACGAUCUUCAAAGAACAAUCUUACUUUCAGAAUUGGUCUAUGCAAGAAAUCAGAUCUGCCAACGCUAAUUCCAAAGUUAUGGUGUUUCCUGCUAAUUCGGUAAACUACAUACUAGUGAAUGUUCUGUGCCAGUCAAGGGUGGGUUGUAGCGAAGUAGUUGUAGUUCGCUACUGCAGCGAACUACAAUUUUCAAGUAGCCAGUAGUUUUUGACUACUUUUUUAAAACAGUAGUUGUAGUUAUAGCGUUUUGCCUAAAAGUAGCCAGUGCUGUUAAAGUUACUUUAUUUUUGGAACUAGUUACAGUUACAGUUACAGUUACAUGCUCAAAAAUGGAACGAGUUACUGGUAAAAGUUACAUUAAAAAAUGUAACUAGUUACCGUUACAAAGUUACAAUAAAUUUUUUGUAACUAGUUGAAAGUUACUUUCACUUUUUUGUAACUUGGUAAAAGUUACUUUUCCAGGUUUCACUAUGUUACAAUCACUUUUAGUUAAAUUAAUGAACUAAACAUGGGUAACCUAAUAUUUUUCUUAAAAACGCGAUAACCUAACAACAACAACAACUAAAAACAUUAAACAUCAAACAUUACUGGAUAAUGCUAUGUACAGUGUCACUGGCACUUAUCAGUUAUCACUCGCUCAAUAUAACUGAAAGACAUUAAAAUACCUGAUUAAAUCAAUAUAUAAAAUGUUUUUUGUUCAACUUAACAAGAAGAGAAUUUUCAAAAUUAUCAUCUUUCAUCGAACAUCGGUGUGGCCUAAAAAUUAAACCAGCACAGCUGAAUAGCCUCUCGCACGCUGCACUUGCAGGUAAUGGUGUGUUUAAUUCAAUAAACAAUUGACGUAACUUGGGAAAUCUUGAGUAAAUAGCCAAUUCAUCCGCAGGACUGUCAAGAAACAACUCCAACUCAGAUGUACACGAUUUUUUCUUGCUUUUGAAAAACUCAUUGUCAUCAUCUUCAUUUAUGCUUUUUACUGAACCUUCACUAUCACCAACAGUGGCGACUUGUACCAGUUUUGUAUUGAUGACAUUAAUGCCUGUAAGGAUUUAAUUAAAGAGAAAGUAACACAUGAAGCAGAAAAUAAUAACACAUAUGCUUGUAAAUCAAUUAAUCCUAUAAUUGACUGUACUGUAACUCAAUAAAUUACAGAACUAUUCACAAGACUUAUUGUUUAUGGAACUGUAAAACUAUCUUAUUAGGCUAUUACCUUUCUGAAGCAAAUCUUUGUCUUCAGUCCAUUGGUCCUUGAACUUUGGAUGAAGAAUGGCUGCUGCAAUGAUUUUCUCAUCACCAAGAAUUGAACCAAAUCUUUUAUCAAUACCAGACAACGAAGCAUCUACCAGGGGUUCCAAACCUGUUGUUGAGCUUCUCCUUUGGAGUAGCUUUUCUUUCAGCAGUGAUAUCGUUGGAGCAAGAUAGCCCAUAUAAGCAUUUGAAUGAUUGUUUUCCCCUUGCAAAAUAUUUAAUGAUUGUGCUACUGGCUUCAUCACAUGGGCAUAGUCCUUCAGAAACUGGAUUUCUGCUUUAAAUCUACAAAGGACAAAAAAAAUUUCUAAAACAAACAGACCCUCAAUCUUUUGAAUAAAUACAAAUAUAAAAUGGAAUAUAUGUAUUAAUCUUGUUGACUCUUGAUUGCUGGGCUACUACAUUUAUUUCAUGCUUACUUGGGCAGAUUGAACUCUGUGCAUAGCUUGUGGAUAGCAUUUUCACCCUUCUCCUUUAUAAUGCGGACCAGGCGCUCCACUGCCAAAAAUACUGAGUUCCAGCGGGUUGCAUUUGGUUUCAAUAGGACAAGACCACAUUCAUCCUCAAUAACUUCUGCUGCCUGAGAGGACGCGAUGAUUUAUUCCAGAGUGACUGGCAUUUGGCAAAAGUUCCCCUGCUCAAUCGUUUAUAGAUCGGGUGUUCCUCGGCUUUCUCUGCAUCAACAGUAGACACUAGGUUUAAACUGUGUGCAGCACAUCGAUGAUGGGGUGGAAGGUGAUACUCCAAGCUGUCUUCCGCUCUUGUAAGGUGUUCAGAUACAUCUUCAAAUACAAAGUCAUCUGACUCAUCUGGUUGUUCAGCAUUAGCUCCAAAUACAGAAAAUGCCUUUACAAAAUUAGACCCACUGUCAGUUGUUGUCAUGACAAUCUUUGUCUGAAUAUCAUAUUCCACAUGGAUAUCUUCCAGCUUUGCAGCUAAUACAUCAUAGGUAUGUCUACCCUUGAGACGUGGACAUGCUAGAGCAGCACUCUUUCGUUCUAAUGUUUGUUCAUCAAUCCAGUGCGAGGUAACUCCAAUGAAUGAUCUUCGGUGAGCUGUCCAACAAUCGGUUGUUGUUGCAAUAUGUUGAGCCUUUGCCAUUGCAUCUUUUACAUUUUCUUUAACCAAGGUCGCCUUCUCGUUGAUCCUUUUUAUGACUGUUGGUCUACUUAUUACCGACCGAUUUGGUUGGAGACCUGUAACUGGCGCCUUGAAGGAUGGCAUUUCAACGACUGAAAAUGGCAUUAGUCCCUCAGUAAUGAAUUCAACUACGAGGUCGUUCACUUUGGCUGGCGAUACUAGAUUGGCAUUUGCAGGACCUGCUAUCAUAACAUCUACUUUUUGCUGCUUUUCCCGUUUUUGUGGUGUUUCAAAAAUCUCGUUAGACACUUUUCGUUUAUGAGAACUUGAACAAAUUUCAUUAAAUCUGUCCAUUUGACGUGGAUUCACCCUCUGAAAUUUAGGAUAAUUUCAACAAUAUUUUACAGUAUAUUUCAGUGUUACAAUCUUAUUACUGGUCUAUAUAGUAGGUUCUAUCAGUAAUUUCUAUAGUUUAUAGACUACUUUAAUAUUUCCAUUCUAAUUUCCUAACUCAACAAUUGAUAACUAGAGUGAAAAAAACCCUUCCUGUUGCGGUGUGCAAUGAAGCACAUGAAUCUAAGAGAUUAAAAAAUUACAUGGGCUGUAAAAUGAAAUGUAAUUUAAUUUCGGAAUCAUCCUCAGAGUUAUGAAAAACUAAUUUGAAAUUUCAUAUAUUCUUUAUUCAGUUUAAGUUUAAUAUAUGAAUUUGUGAAAUGUAAAUUACCACAGUUCACCAAUCACUCAAUCAGUCCAAUGUAGUAAAUUUACCAGUGCAAUAAAAAUGUGUACUAAAAUCAGUUACUUACCUGAACGUGUUUGCGUAAAUUUGAAAGCGAUGACACACUGGACGAACACUCUUUAACUUUUGGUCGGCAGAGCAAACAAAGCAGUUUUGCGUUUUUGUCUUUGACCGACUUGCAUUCAAACAUCUCUGCCAAAUACGGCCAAGGAUGCUCGCAUGAAGUCAUGCUCAAUUACGCGUUAAAUUCUGAAGAUUACUAUCAUGGGCGUUCCGGAAGGAAAAAAUUAGGGGGGCGGAAAGAAAAUUGCCCGACUUUUCGGGAUUCUGCCCGACUAAUAGCAAAAAAUUUUUUCCGGAAAAAUUAUUUCGGCGACCUCCCUACCCCUCCCCCCCCGUCGCCAAAAAAAUUUCGGUCAGUGUGCCAUUUUAGGGGUCAAAAAAAUUUUCCGGACAACCAAUAUUUUUCGGAACAUAACACAAAUUUUCGAAAAAUCACAAAAUUUGCCAAUUUUAGUUUGCUAAUUUUAGACAAAAUUGACAGAAUUUGUCCUAUUUUUUUUUAUUGCAAACCAAAAUUGCCCGACUGUUGAUCGAAUAUUGCCCGACUGCCCAAAAAACUGGGGGGGCUACCGCCCCCCCCCCCCGCCCGGUACGCCUAUGAUUACUAUGUUUAAAUAUUGAAUUAUUCAACUAAAUCACAAUGAAACAAUAUCAAUAUGAGUAAUAUGCGCCCGUGAACAGUGGUCAGCAAAACCAAAACAGGAUGGACGUUAUGUAGCCCACCUUAGAAUGCAUUGGAAUAUUGUAAGAUUUUGAAAUAACGAAGUGUUACGAACCGUUCAUUUCAGAGUAAAAGCAUUACAGAAAUGGUAAAAAUGACCAUGAAAAUGUAACGGAAAAGUAACGUUAACAAAUGUAACUCGUUAUAGUUCCAUUUUUAGCAAAAAUAUAACUAGUUACAGUUACAGUUACCUCUUUACAAAAUGUAACUAGUUACCCAUAAAGUUACCAUAAAAAGUAACGAUUACUUGUAAUUUCGUUACUUGUAACGAAGUUACUUACAGCACUGAAAGUAGCCAAGUAGUGCUACUUUUUAAAGUUGUUAGCAACUUGAUAGAAUAGCGUGAUAUUGAGACACGGUUUGCUUAAAAUCAAUACUCAAUAGUCAUUUUGCACUCUUGAACACUGUAGUGCUUACAAAAAUGUUGCUUUGUGUUUACUGUUGCUACUCGUAAGUCGAUUUGUUAUAGGUUACAUUACAGCCUGAGCUAUAGUAGAUGUUCCAAAUACAGUAAAAUUAAAAAAUAUGGCGUAGCGAAAUAGCGAAAUAGUUCGCUACAUUUUUUAAGCAGCAUCUGUAGUCAGUAGCGAACUACCUUUGUUCAAAAGUAGCAGUAGUUGUAGCUGACUACAUAUUUUUGAAGUAGCUGUAGUUAUAGCGAACUACAAAAUCUUUGUAGUCAACCCACCCUUGGUGAGAGUGUAGCCAUGUAGGUUGUGCCAAUAAUAAGAAAACUUUGGAUUGGUAGGGAUGCAACUGCCUGAAAAAUACAAGGAGAACUUUGAUGUUUUGAGCGAAGGGCCUUCGUAUAAAAACUAUAUAGGCGCAUAAAACCUGUGAUAAAACACAGCACUGUGACUUACAUAUAGGUAGAACAUGUCAAAUAUCUUUGAAAGUAGUGAUCUUCUCGGUUGUACGUGAAGUCCAUUUUCCACUUUAAUUUGUAAUUCGUACAAAUCGUACAAAAAUUCGGCGGGAAAACAUGGAAUCGAUUCUUUCGUGGCGUAUUUUGUGGCUAACCAACCACGUUGCUACGAUCUCCAUGGCUAGUCUUUGCGAGCUUUUUCCACGGGAUAUUACAGAAAAAGCUCUGGCUGGAAAAUAUUUAAAUGACAUUUUUUAUCUUUACAAUUAUAAAGUUUCAGGAUUUUUAACAUUUCUUAGUCUGAUACAAAGGAAAAGUUAUUACCAAAUUCUUCAUGCAAUGUUUUAAAGAAUGAGGGUUUUCCUAGGUAUACAUUUACUUUUACAGAUUAUUUUAAAAGAUGACGACGAAGUAUUUGUGUAUUUCGUGCAAUCUGGCAGAUGCAAGGUAAUCCGUGAAGUGACAGUCGUUAAAACCAAAUUACCAUUUGGAAAAAGUCAUCUCGCGCUGGUUCGACCUGGCAAGACUCCUCCUGAACUGUCGAAAGAUCAGUCACUGGAGAAACGAUAUUUGGUUUUGAUGAUAAUCGGUCAUGGAGGAUAUUUUGGUGUUGGUGAAAAUCUCGAUCAGACAUGGAUAGUCAGUGAGGAGAAGGUAAUUAAAUGAUAAUUCUAAUAUUCUUGGGUUUCAAUCACGUGAUAUUUUAGAAUUUAGCAUAAUUUGACUGAAGUGGGUCAAUCAUUGAGCUGAGGUCAACUGAAACAACAAAAAAAACAAAAUGGCUGUCAUGCAAAGCAUCUAUUAUAAAAGCCAAUAUAAAACAAUAUAAAAGCCGUCCUUUGCCCUUGACACAGACUCUUGACCGCCCACGUGACGUCAUAUUAAACCAGAGAAUAGACCAAAUCGAUCGACGUGGGUUUAUGCCCCUUCUCACCGAAUCAUAGUCAAUAGAAUAAGAAGAUUAGGAAACUCGAUGCAGACAAAAUAAACCUCAUUAUCUAUUUUUUUGUCUGGUUUAGCAAGAAAUGGUCGUUCAUCGUCACGUGCAUGUGUAUUGUUUUUUCGCCCAACCAACCAAUAGCAGUGUGUUGGUUUAAUUGCCCAGUCCGUGAUAUUACAUAAUGGUUAAAUGAAAACAUAGCUAUUGGUUGCUCUAGCGAAAAUACAAUACACACGUGACGAUGAACACCACGAGUUCUUUCGAAGUCUGAAAGCCCUGCUAUUAAUUUGUAGCUUAUGAAACUUAAUUUGUAGUGCUUCAAGAAACAACAAGAGAUGAGGAUUGGUGUGUUUAAGAGAAUCUAGUAUUUUCAUAUUUAUACCAAAACACCGUAGUCGUAUAUAUUUAUGCCAAAACGCCCACCCUCACCUCAAAGAUCAAAUGGUAGGCUUCUACCAGUGGGCUCAGCUUCGUGUUAACCGCGCAGACAAAACAAAAGAAAGGGACUGACGUCCUAUAAGCUCUUUAAUUUCCGCCAUCUUGGCAAGACUUCGAUUUAAAGACUAAUAUUAUGAUUUCAUGAACUGAAAACUUGAUUAGCGAUACGGUCCGUUAGAAAACACUGGAUUUAGCUGGGGAAAAUGGUACUAAAACUGUUUACAACCUUCAUAGAUCUGGACGUCUGCCAUCUUGGCAAUGGCUGCCAUCUUGGCACUUUCUUGACUUCACUUUUCUCAUAGACCGAAUCAUUUCUUACCUAUGGCCGAAUGAUUGAAGUUCUUGCUCCAGAUAUAUAUAGCGCUCACUGGCGUCUACAGUCUACAUGUUUCGCACUGCCAAUUUAUUCAAGUGUGCUCCCUUUGUACUUCAGUUAUAAAAUUAAGAAUUUUGUGAAUCCGUGAAACUUAUCUCUUCAUAGUUCAUGUGAAAUGUAUAUUGCCUUUCUGUCAGGUUGAAUGCCUCCUUGUAAAACGCAGCGUUUUCAAGAAGCACGAUGGUGGUCGAGAAUUAGCUCUUCUACGCCAGAAAUUAAUUUCAUCAUAUCCAAGCCGAAAAGAAGCUUUCAAGAGUUAUAUAAUGGAAAGAAAUUGGAGAAAAUACAAAAAGGCAUUAAUUGACGAACUCGUCCGCGUACGUUGUAAACAUGUAAAUACAAAAUAUCGAGAUAUUCCACAUGUUAUAAGACGAAGGCAUGAACAUUAUAUUAGAAAAUUAUGAUUGACAUUUAUAUUUUACUUCUCAACAGUUCAUUGUCAUUUGUCAGACAUUUUGUUUCUUAUUAUUACCUCCGCCAGGAGCCAGGAGGUAAUGGUUUUACUCC